CUGUCUGGGGCCGGGCGCCUGUAGGGGGUGCUGGGCGCGUGAGACGGGCACCAGCUUGGACGCUCUGGCCAGCUGCGGGCAGAACUGAAACUCUGUUGCCAUUUAGCCAGUUCCCUAUUUCCCCCUCCCUGCAGCCAUUGGCCAUCACCAUUCUGACUUUAUGAAGUUGACUACUAUAGAUUUCCUCAUAGUUUGGAUUCUGGCUAUGUUAUAAUGAAUGACACUUCGACAUCAGAUGUCACUGGUCGGAGAGUUGAAGUUAAUGGAGAACAUGCAACUGUGCGUUUUUCUGGCAUUGUCCCUCCUGUGGCAGGUCUCUGGUUAGGAGUAGAAUGGGACAAUCCUGAAAGGGGAAAGCAUGAUGGAAGCCACGAAGGGACUGUGUAUUUUAAAUGCAGGCAUCCAACAGGAGGAUCUUUUAUUCGUCCAAACAAAGUAAAUUUUGGAGUAGACUUUCUCACUGCAAUUAAGAAUCGCUAUGUGUUAGAAGGUGAACCAGAGGAAGAAGAAAAAGAGCAAACUGUUAUAAUUGGAAAUAAACCUGUAGAAACCAUUGGUUUUGACUCUGUUGUAAAACAACAAAGUCAGUUGAGCAAGCUGCAGGAAGUUUCUCUGAGGAACUGCGCAGUAAAUGGUGCUGGUGACAAACGAGGAAUUGCCCAAGCGUGUCCUAAUAUUAGAAGCAUAGAUUUGUCAAAAAACCUGUUGUCAUCAUGGGAUGAUGUCGUAGCUAUUGCUGAUCAGCUCAAACACCUGGAAGUUCUGAAUCUCAGUGAAAAUAAACUAAGAUUUCCCUCUGGUCUACCAUCUCCAACCGGAACAUUUUCUAUGCUGAAGGUUUUAGUGCUUAACCGGACAGGAGUAACAUGGGCAGAGGUGCUCCGCUGUGCCUCUGGGUGGCCAGUCCUUGAGAAACUGUACCUUGAGUCUAACAAUAUCAUCAUUUCAGAAAGGCCAGCUGACGUUCUACAGACGGUCAAGUUACUAGACCUUUCCUCUAAUCAGUUGAUUGAUGAAAACCAGCUGUUUCUAAUAGCUUAUCUGCCCAGAUUAGAACAACUAAUCCUUUCUGACAUUGGAAUUUCCUCUCUACAUUUUCCGGAUGCUGGAAUUGGGUGCAAAACAGCCAUGUUUCCUUCCCUACAGUACCUUGUGCUCAAUGACAAUCAGAUAUCACAGUGGUCCUUUAUCAAUGAGCUGGAUAAGUUACAGAGUCUGCACGCUCUGUCCUGUGCCAGAAACCCGCUGACUGAAGAAGGCAGCAAAGAUGCACAGACCACUCGUCAGUUCAUCAUCGCCAAGAUCAGCCAGCUGCGGACCCUCAACAAGUGUGUGAUUCAACCUGAGGAACGGCGCGGGGCUGAGCUUGACUACCGAAAAGCAUUUGGAAACGAAUGGAAAAAGGCCGGUGGACAUCAGGAUCCAGACAAAGACAGACCCAACGAGGAAUUUCUUGCAGCGCAUCCUAGAUACCAGUCACUUUGCCUCAAAUAUGGUGCACCUGAAGAUGGGGAACUCAAAACACCACAACCAUUUUUGCUCAGAAACCAGCUACUAACACUGAAGAUAAAAUAUCCUAGUCAAGUUGGUCAGAGAGUCAUAGAGAAACAACUGCCAGAAUCCAUGACAGUUCAAAAGGUGAAAGGCUUCCUGUCGCGUCUCCUCAAAGUGUCUGUGUCAGAACUUCUGUUGUCCUAUGAAAGUCCCAAAAUGCCGGGCAGAGAGAUUGAACUAGAAAAUGAUCAGCAGUCAUUACAGUUUUAUUCUAUAGAAAAUGGAGACUGUCUAUUAGUGCGAUGGUAGCAGCCAACUAAGAAAAUCCAGAGAUUAGAAAAUUCAUUUAUCAUGACUGGACGUAAAUGACUUCUUGGGACAGUUAUGUCCAAAAAAAGGUUUCACCACUUAUCCUAAAUAGAAAACAGCUGUUAUUUUUCAUAGGGCAAAGACCAAGGCUUGUAUAUAUAAUAGCAAUAAUAAAAGCUUUGCAUCUACUAAUGA